AUGUGUCCUUUCCGGAUAGCCAUUGUUUCUGUUAUCUGUGUGGUAGUUGCCUCGGGCCACGUUCACGGACCUCGGAGGUCGCGCGUCAUGGAUUUAGAGGAUUACGCACAAAAUGAAAUUGAAAGCGGUAGAGCUGAUGAGAGCUCAUGGUGGCCUGCAGCGGAAUUCACAGUCUUACAGAAGAUCUAUGACGAUUGCAGUGCACACAAACAAUUCACGAUGUGUUUGAAGGGCAAAGCUCUCACAGCGCUCUCCAGAGCUGUAGAGCAGGAGAGCGUUCAGCUCACCGACGGGCUGUCGUUGGUGAAGCAGGCUGACGUCCCCUCUGCGGUGUCUGAGCCCCGGUUCUUCCCUGGAAUGUCAACAGAAGAUAAGCUCGAUACCAUGUUGCGCACAAAAUUCGAGCAAUUGAUGAAUACUCACACCAUUUCCAUGGAUCUCGCUUCAGAGGGAAGAGGCAGAGGUAAGAAGGUCCUGCCUUAUCUGCUGCUUGGUAUCUUCACGACCGUGAGCAUAGUAGGAGGCAUGGCCUUGAAGACACUAGCAGCUAUUGCGGGCAAAGCAUUAAUUGCCAGUAAGGUGGCCCUCACUAUUGCUGGAAUCAUUGCAUUGAAGAAAUUAUUCAGCCACGACGGAUCUAACGGUGAAACAACAUUCCAAGUUCAUGCAGAUGGACACCAUAGGCGGAAUAUGUAUGUGGUGAGGCCAGCGAACCGCAGUCUGGUGGAUCCGUAUCGGUACUAUGCUGAGCAGACGACUACGAGCGCGUAG